GUGAGAGGGGGGAGACGGGCAACACACAACGGAGAACACAGCGUGCGCCUCCGAGUCAUCAUCUUGUUGGCUCAUCCUGUCUUCACACCAUCGGUCCUGGAUCCCUGGAUCCCCCAUCCUCGGUCCUGGAGACGUUUGAGUCUGCAGCAGCGCACGAUCUGUUUUAUUUCUAGCCUUUAUCUGAAUGACGGGCGGAAGGUUUGACUUCGACGACGGUGGCACUUACUGCGGGGGGUGGGAGGAUGGCAAAGCCCACGGACACGGCAUCUGCACCGGACCCAAGGGCCAGGGCGAGUACGCCGGUUCCUGGUCCCACGGUUUCGAGAUAGUGGGGGUGUACACCUGGCCUAGCGGGAAUACCUACCAGGGCUACUGGUCCCAGGGGAAGCGGCAUGGGCUUGGUGUGGAGAAUAAAGGAAAGUGGACCUACCGCGGAGAGUGGAGUCACGGUUUUAAGGGUCGCUACGGGGUCCGGCAGAGCCACAACACACCUGCCAGAUACGACGGUACCUGGAGCAACGGGCUGCAGGAUGGAUAUGGGAUCGAAACCUAUGGCGACGGCGGCACCUAUCAAGGCCAGUGGAUGGGUGGGAUGCGGCACGGCUACGGUGUGCGUCAGAGUGUGCCUUAUGGCAUGGCUACAGUUAUCCGCUCUCCUCUUCGUACUUCUCUGGCCUCGCUGCGCUCCGAGCAGAGCAAUGGCACUGUGCUCCAGGACCUGUCAUCCCCUGCAGACACGCCCACCGGCAGCCGUGGCGGCUUUGUCCUUAACUUCCACUCAGACAGCGAGGUCGUCACUGGCAAGAAGAAGGGCCUUUUCCGCCGGGGCUCGCUCUUCGGCAGCCUCCGGCAGCUGCGGAAGUCUGACUCGCGGACAUCCAUCUCCAGCAAGCGCAGCUCGGCACGCAGUGAUGCUGCCAUGAGCCGCAUCAGCUCCAGUGACGCCAACUCCACCAUCUCCCUCGGUGAUGGCGAGGUGCCAGAUGAUGACCUUCCUCUGGAGGACCAUGUGGAUGCCACCACGACUGAGACCUACAUGGGCGAGUGGAAGAAUGACAAGCGCAAUGGAUUUGGUGUUUCUGAGAGAUCCAAUGGGAUGAAGUAUGAGGGGGAAUGGCUAAACAACAAACGCCAUGGUUACGGGUGCACGAUUUUCCCAGAUGGCACCAAGGAAGAAGGGAAGUACAAAAAUAAUGUGCUUGUGCGUGGAAUAAGGAAGCAGUUGAUUCCGCUUAAGAACCCCAAAACCAAAGAGAAGGUGGACCGUGCUGUGGAGGGGGCACAGAGGGCUGCAGCCAUUGCCAGGAGCAAAGUGGAAAUAGCAGCUUCCAGAACGGCUCACGCCAGGACAAAAAGCGAGGCAGCCGACCAAGCCGCUAUCUCUGCCAUCCAGGACUCUGAAAUUGCCAGGGCAGUUGCGCGGGAGCUCUCCCCCAACUUCCACCAGCCAGGGCCUGAUUACAUCAAGCAACAGUUCAUGGAGCCGGUGGAGAUUAAGGAGGUCCCCGUUGAGAAGAAGGACAGUUCCCCAAAAGAUUCUCCCCACUUUUACCGUAAAGGCACCACUCCUCCCCACUCCCCUGCCACCAGCCCUGGAGCCACGCCUCCCCCCUCACCCCACUCCAGCAAGAAGAAAGGCCAGCUUGCCAACAGCACCAGCCGCAAAACCAGCAAAGAAGAAAAACCUUCCCGCAAGACAAGCAAAGAAGAGAAGCCAAGUCGUAAGAUCAGCAAGGAUGAGCGGUCUAGUAGAAAGACAAGUAAAGAGGAGAGGCCAGCCGUUGCAGAUGGCCCAAGAGCUCCCCCUCCACAUGAUGAGGCUCCGCCUAAACCCCCUAAAGUUCAAGAACCUAGCCCAGCGCCUGUCUCCCCUCACCAGGCUCCUGCGAUUCCAGUCAAUGGCCAGCUCCAUGCUGAGUACCACAGUUACUAUGUUAAGGCCCCUGUAAGGGGCGCUCCACCUCCAGACCCAGAGGAGGAUCCAGAGGAAGAGCCUAGUGCACUGGCCCUGGCACGCAUGCCCCCACCACCCCCCAAGUCCUUCAGUACCCCCACUCCUAAGCCAGCCUCCAUACGGGAGAGCAAGAGCGACCACAAACUCAGGAAGCAGGAUUCCCUAAAGCCAAAGAGCCUCGCGGACACAAAGAAAGCCAGUAUGGAGAUUGCAGACACUUUGGCAGAAGAGACAGGUCCUAACUCAAUCCUUGUUGCUAUGGUAAUGCUGUUGAAUAUUGGCCUUGCAAUCAUAUUUGUGCAUUUCCUGACAUGAUGAUGCUAUUUCUCAGUGAAACCAUGGCAACUGGUAGAGUUGCAUCGCCGGCCUUUGAAAAAUCAAAACGGCGCCAGUGAGACUCGGGGGCAGCCGUAGGUGUUUAGGAAUCAGCGUGACACCGAAGAGAAUCAGGAGAAAGGCAUCACUACCACCAUCCUGUCAUGGGCCUUCUUCAGCCCAGCCCCAUGAUUUAGCACUCCUUUGGCUCCUAAGAAAGCUGAAGUGAAAUGUCGUGUCUAGUGAGAAAAUAAGUUUAAAAAUGCAACCAAACAUACACAGUCAGAAAUAAAAGAAGUAAUUGAAACCCACACGUGUGCUGAUCCUAGCACUGGUCUGUGUAGCUCGCUGCCACUACCUCUGCCUUGGCAGAGAUAGCGGUGGGCUAAUGGACUUUGCUGGAAGAGUGUGGAGAUGCACUUUUAGAUGACGGGAGCAAACAGCUGCCUUUCUAUUUUUCCAUCUGACGUUUUGAUGGGGAGAUGUGAGCACAGCGGCCAGGGGACAGUCGCUGCGGGAGCGUGCUCGGGUGUUCGGAGCCUUUUCUGGGGUUCGCACCACUCUUGCUACAGGAAACUGGACUUGAUCGUCACUAGCAGUCAGUGCUCGCACGGUCACUAGCCAGUCUUACUCUGUUAACCCAGUCAUCACCGCAGCUUUUUCUCGCUCUGUCUACUGUAACCCAGGAUACAUUGCUUUGAAACACUCCCCGUGCAUGGUACAGUUUUAACAUUUUGUUUUCAUUUGUUUUCUGUUUUGUUUUAUUGUAGGGGGUUUUCUGUUCAUUGUUGUUCUAUGAAUGUUGGUUACCUGCAGUCAUAGACUUGUAGUUGAAAAGGAAAACUGUUCCUAAUAAUAAACUCAGAAUUGAUCAAAAAAUUUGCUUUUCCCUUUUAUU